GAGCAAGGUCAGUCCCGGAGUGCACCCUGAUCUGAGUCACGGCACCAAAUAUUAGGAAAAUACCACUCACAAAGAAAGCUCACAAGAAAAUCUCACAUCCAUGGGCAGGGUUUAAUGACAGGCACGAGCCACCUGGCUGACCUGGGAAAGAUGGCGCAGGAAGACAGCAAGUCUGGACCAGGCAUGGCUUUUUACAGAAGAGGGAGGGCAAGAAGUUUGGUAGCUGUAGGACUCGGUGUUGCAGCUUUUGCAUUUGCAGGUCGCUAUGCAUUUCAGAUUUGGAAACCUCUAGAACAAAUAAUCACAGAAACUGCAAGGAAGAUUUCAUCUCCUAGCCUUUUAUCCUACUAUAAAGGAGGAUUUGAGCAGAAAAUGAGUAGGCGAGAAGCUAGUCUUAUUUUAGGUGUAAGCCCAUCUGCUGGCAAGGCCAAGAUUAGAGCAGCUCACAGGAGAAUCAUGAUUCUGAAUCACCCAGAUAAAGGUGGAUCUCCAUACCUAGCAACGAAAAUAAAUGAAGCAAAAGACUUGCUAGAAGCAACUACCAAACAUUGAUUGAUGUUCAAGCAGCCCACUGAAG